AGGAAUAAACAGAAGUAAAUUGCCAAAAUGCAGGAAGUAGCGGUUCUGCCUUGGGAGAAGAUCGCUUGGAGUGAUGAACAUGUGCAGUUAAUCUAUCGCGAUUGGGGUCUAUUUUACACACGUAAACAACAGCUGGACAUUGCAGCAAACUACUAUGACAAAUCGCUGGAGCUAAAGGGCGACGAUUCUCGAGCGCUUUACUUUCGCAGCCAAUGUAAGCGUAAUAUUGCGCAGACGCAAGGGGCGUUAGAAGACAGUUUGGAAGCAGGAGCUAUUGAACCAAAUAAUGCUCCAAUAAAUCUCGAGAUUUGUGAUGCACUGUAUGAGCUUAACCAAUUCGAGAAUUGCAAAGUCGAGCUACAUGACAACACACGUAAAUUUUAUGGCAAGAAAGUUUCAGCAUUCCUGAAUCGUUUAAUUGUGGUCAAUGAAAAUUUCAAUGACUCCAUUGGUGAAACACUUGGCCCAUUCAUAUUGAGAAAUGAGAAAAUUUUCGCAAAAGUAUUGGAACACUUGGAACAUGAGAAGUACGUAGAUCCACGUCCGCUAUGGAAAAUACUGCGCGAGCAAGGAAAAUGCGACGUGCUUAGCAUAUUGGAAAAGGAGGAACUGCUCCUGUCUCCACGUGAAAUCGCAAGGCGCGAGCGCGCGUUCAAGGUCUUCAACCAAUUAUAUUACAACAAAAGUUGGAUUGAUGUGCUUUGUUUGAAGAGUUUACGUGAUAAUCCUAACCUAUUGCUGCCACAGUGCAAAGUUUCCACCCCUUUUCUACACCAUCUAACAAACAACAAAUAUGGGGUGCUGAAGAAAUUUUUGAAAAUGCUUCAAGCUCGCAGUCCAUUUUAUAAUGAACAAAUGCUUAAGUGUCCGGAUAAGAAAGUUUGGGAAAAACAUCGUGAGACACAUUUGAAUCAUAUACAAUAUCAGACGCGUCGAAAUAUGCUAACGAUAUUGCGUACGAUUCGCCAACUUAGGGCCAGGGGAAAACUUGACAAACUCAGUAAAUACAUCGAAGAAGUUAUGGGCGAUUAUAUAGUGCUAAAGACACAUCGCGUCAUGCCCUGGAAAUUCGAAUUUUUGAAUGAAGUGUACAACACAUUGGCGCUGGCUUAUAUCGAUCGUUUCAUUCAACCGAGUGAUUUGUCAUCGGCACAAAAUAAUGCAAGUCACUUAAUGCGAUUGCUACGUAUUCCAACCGAUAAGAGCAAAGAUCGUCAAGUGAGCUUUGUCUUCGGCGAUAAAUCCACCUAUCAGGAACCGGAUGCUAUCGACUAUACAAUGAUCGCUUACAAAAAAUAUUUGGCUCGCUUGGAGAAACGUAUUCACUUCGCUAAAUACUCGAUUGAAAAAUGCUAUUUAUUGCACGAGAUCGCCCGCAGUCAUCUGAGACAGAGCCGAUUUGACGAAUGUGUUUCCGUGGCUCGUAAAGCUAUUGAAGAAUCGAAAAACUGCAACAGCAACGUUUGGCGCUUCUUAAGCACCAUACUUAUAUGUAAGGCCCAUACAGUUCUUCACAAGGUGGAACGUGCCAAGGAAAUACUAGAUGAAUCCUAUGCGGUGGCAAAGAGUUUGAAUAGCCCUGAAUUGAUGUCUUUCAUUGAGAGCUGUCGCCAAGUGAAUGAGGCAGAAAUAUCAUUGAAAAAGCGUUAUCAGUCAACGGAUUCGAUCCGCAAGCGCAGAAGCAAAGUUUCGCUUGAAAGCCGCACCUCACAAAUAUCACAACGUAGUAGUGAAACAAACGAUGAAUUAAAUGCAGCAUAA